CUUACCACAUGUAAAGACCUCACACGACAGGCCGGAAAUCUGAGCAAUGGCAUUACAAGCGGUGUCCUUACGGGUGUCGUACCACUGCAGACAGGUAUUCUUCCGAAUAUUGUUAACACAGGCGUAUCUACAGGACAAACGUGCAUCUGUGUGCCGACUGGCCGGUGUAAUACUACAUCCAGCGGAAGUGGCACAACCGACGGUGCCGGACAGUUAGACGUCAGAAUUGUAUCUAACCCCAAUGCAAAUACGGGAGUUACGCUUGGCUCAACUACAACGACCACCACCACAAACUCAAUCGCGUCCGUAAUAUCGGUUAAUAUCGUCUCACCGUCCAGUUGUCAAUCCGGACUGGAGCGUUGUUGUCUGGCGGGCAGUUACCAGUGUGGGCUCCAGUAUCCACCCAUUGCAAACUCCCCAGCCGUCUCCGCUAAUCAGGCCAGCUAUGGGGAAUAUCCUUGGCAGGUGGUGUUGCUUGGGCCGGGCGACGUUUAUGUCGGUUCCGGUGUGCUCAUCGAUAAUCUACACGUAUUAACAGCGGCUCAUAAAAUUUCCGACUACACCUCCGGCAGCCGAACGCUGAAGGUGCGUCUUGGCGAGUGGGAUGCAGCAUCCACGUCCGAACCAUUACCCGUCCAGGAGUUCAAUGUAGCCAGAUACUUUGUGCAUCCGAGCUUCAACUCAGCUAACCUGCGUAACGACAUUGCCAUCCUACGUCUAUCCGGGACGGUAACUCUCGGCACAACGCCAACCAUUGCCACUGCUUGCCUGCCCGUCACUUCCUUUGUUGGUGCACGCUGCUGGGUUUCCGGAUGGGGUAAAAAUGACUUCGUAAGCGGUGCCUUCCAAUCGAUCCCGAAAGAGGUGGACGUGCCGAUCGUAAGUGCGACCAACUGUCAAACGGCACUACGGACAACACGGCUCGGAGGAAACUUUGUCCUCGACACGACUAGCUUUAUCUGUGCCGGUGGUGAACUGGGUAAGGAUGCGUGUACCGGAGACGGUGGAUCACCGCUAGUUUGCGCACUGAACGGACGCUGGUAUGUGGUGGGAUUGGUCGCGUGGGGUAUCGGUUGUGGUGCGAACGGCAUACCAGGUGUUUACGUGAACGUUGCGUCCUACAAUUCAUGGAUCACGAGUACGAUUGCUACUGUUUAACGAUUCAUUAA